AUGGGGGAGGAGGUGGCAGCGGCGGCGGUGGCAGGGGUGCGGCCCGAGCUGGUGCGGGAGGCGGAGGUCAGCCUGCUGGAGUGCAAGGUGUGCUUCGAGAGGUUCGGCCACUGGCAGCAGCGGCGCCCGCGCAACCUGCCCUGCGGCCACGUGGUCUGCUUGGCCUGCGUCGCCGCCCUCGCGCACCCGCGGACGCUGGGCCUCGAGUGUCCCUUCUGCCGGCGGGCCUGCCGAGCCUGUGACACCAGCGAUUGCCUGCCGGUGCUCCACCUUCUGGAGCUCCUGGGCUCCACCCUCCAAGCGUCCCCGGCUGCCCUCAGCGCCGCCCCCUUCGCGCCGGGGACUCUCACCUGCUACCACGCCUUCGGCGGGUGGGGGACCCUAGUGAACCCCACAGGGCUUGCACUGUGCCCCAAGACCGGACGGGUAGUGGUCGUGCACGACGGGAAGAGACGGGUCAAGAUCUUUGACUCCGGAGGAGGAGGUGCACACCAGUUUGGAGAGAAGGGGGACGCAGCACAGGACGUGAAGUACCCCCUGGAUGUCGCCGUUACCAACGACUGCCAUGUGGUUGUCACCGAUGCUGGCGACUGCUCCCUCAAAGUGUUUGAUUUCUUUGGCCAGAUCAAGCUGGUUGUGAGAAAGCAGUUUUCCCUGCCUUGGGGUGUGGUGGUCACCCCUCACAAUGGGGUCCUGGUGACUGAUGCAGAGGCAGGGACUUUGCACCUGCUGGAAGCGGAUUUCCCUGAAGGGGUCCUUCGGAGGACUGAGAGGUUGCAAGCUCACCUGUGCAGUCCCCGUGGGGUGGCAGUGUCAUGGCUCACGGGGGCCAUCGCGGUCCUAGAGCAUCCUUGUGCCUUUGGGAGGACUAGCUGUAACAACACAAGGGUGAAGGUGUUCAACUCCACCAUGCAGCUGAUUGGUCAGGUGGAUAGCUUCGGGCUGAACCUCCUCUUCCCCUCCAAAGUAACUGCCUCUGCUGUGACCUUCGAUCACCAAGGAAACGUGAUGAUUGCUGACACCUCUGGUCCAGCCAUCGUCUGCUUGGGGAAACCUGAGGAAUUCCCAGCCCUGAAGCCUAUAGUUACUCACGGCCUCUCCCGUCCUGUGGCACUGGCCUUCACCAAGGAAAAUUCCCUUCUUGUGCUGGAUACUGCAUCCCAUUCUAUAAAAGUCUUUAAAGUGAUGGAGGGCAACGGAGGGUGAGGGGGAUCCUGAAGCCAGGAGUCAGAAAUCCUGGUGUCAUUGGGAGUAAGUCUCACCCAUCCCAUCCAGGCAAGGGUAAUGGUAACUGAAUGGCAAAAGCAGUUACUAAGGCAGUUUUUAAAGACUAAUAAUUACAUUUGUCAUUCAGUGAGUGCCUGUUCCCGUGUUAAGAAAUUUACAAAUCUUAGCCCAUUUGCUCCUUAACACACAGCGAUGUUAAUUCCUAUGAUCUGUCCAAUUCGGAGAUGAGAAAACAGACCCAGGGCAUUCAGUAUGGUUUCUUUGUAAUACCUGGGACAGUUGAAUUCAGUUCUGGCUCCAAACCACUUGCUCUAAAAUAUGAUAUCAGAUGUCAAAAAAAAAAAAAAAAAGUGAGCUGUGUCUUAUGUGUGUUCUCCUUACAAGUGGGUAACUGGUAAAGUGCACAAAGAGACAAGAAAGGGGUCUCCAUGGAGAUUUUAGGAGAAAAGAGAAAAUGCCCUUCACCUUCAGCUGUGAGCUCCCCAAAGGUAGAGUAGAUGGUUUAUUACCAACUCCAAGAUUUGAACAAGAAACAAAGUUGAGCUCUUUCCUUAUAAGGCAGAGGCUUCCAGGAUGAUAGUGUGUGCCAGAAUUCCAAAACUUGGGAAGUGGAGGCAGGAAGUUCAAUGCAGUCUACAGCUCGCUACCUAUUAAUUUUGAGGCUAGGCUGGGCUAGUGUUUUCUCUGUCUCUCUCCCUCUCCUUCUCUCCCUCACCCUCCUCCUCCC